AUUCACAUACAUGUACUGGCUCAGAUUCAGUUGUUGCACCUUCCCUGGAACAAUUUCUCUCUUCUUCAAGCUGGUAACUGAUGAACAGAUGAUGGGAUUCAGCAAUGGCCCAUCUUCUUUCGUCAUCUUUCUUGUUGAUGUUUCCUUUUUGUGUUUGUCUUAAUGGAAAGCCAUUUAUUAUUGUGAUCGGUGGGGUGAUUAUGGAUGAUGACAGCAUCUGUCUCAUUUUGUUUUUGCUCCUGGAGAAAAAAGUACUGCUAGUGUUGCAGUUUCACUUAUCAAGUUUUUGGCAGUUAGGACUGGGCAUUUUGCCGUAAUGACGCACCAAAGUCGGUGUCAUUUGUCAUCAUCCUCGCAAGAUUUUGAUCUCUGAAUUCAUAAAAACAUCUCAUACAAGCUGAAAGCUUCAAUAUUAAUAGCCCUCAACUUUCGCUUCAUUCUUAUCUGCGACAGUAGUCAUCUUCUCAAAAGCUUUUCAUUCCACUCCCCAAGGCCUAAAAUGGCUGCUAAUGAUGUGCCAUGCUGCGAGUCAAUGUUCUGGGUCUAUUUAGUGGUGUGCAUUUCUCUUGUGUGCUUUGCCGGCCUCAUGUCAGGCCUCACGCUGGGACUCAUGUCGCUUAGCUUGGUCGAUCUCGAGAUUCUUGCGAAAGCUGGUCAGCCUCAGGAUAGGAAAAAUGCAGCAAAAAUCCUUCCCUUGGUUAAGAAUCAGCAUUUACUCCUAUGCACACUUCUCAUAUGCAACUCCAUAGCUAUGGAGGCUUUGCCGAUCUUCCUUGACGCGCUUCUUCCAGCGUGGGCCUCUGUAGUGAUCUCGGUCACACUCAUACUUGCUUUCGGUGAGAUUAUUCCACAAGCUGUUUGUUCUAAAUAUGGGCUAAGUGUUGGAGCGAAAUUGUCUUUUGUUGUCCGGUUGCUUGUAAUAGUCGCCUUCCCUAUAGCUUACCCGAUCAGUAAGGCAUUGGAUUGGUUGCUCGGUAAAGGACACUCGGCACUUCUACGGCGGGCAGAGCUGAAAAUGUUUGUUGAUAUGCACGGGAAUCAGGCUGGGAAAGGCGGAGAAUUGACGCACGACGAAACAACCAUCAUUGCUGGAGCUUUGGAUAUGACUCAGAAGACUGCUAAAGAUGCCAUGACGCCGAUAUCAGACAUAUUUGGUCUCGACAUGAACUCUAAACUCGACAAGGAAACAAUGGGACUGAUCAUUAGGAAGGGGCAUAGCCGUGUACCCAUUUACUCGGGGAGCCCAACUAACAUAAUCGGCCUUAUUUUGGUGAAAAACUUGAUCAACUGCAACCCAGAAGAUGAAACCCCUGUCAAAGAUGUUACCAUUAGGAAAAUUCCUAGGGUUCAGGAUUAUUUGCCUCUAUAUGAUAUAUUAAACCAAUUCCAAAAGGGUCACAGCCACAUGGCUGUGGUUAUAAAAUGCAAAAAGGGCUUAAAUGACAUUGGAGAAAAUGCAAAACCUACCACAAUCAGCAUAAAUGUGGAUUCAGAUUCAAAACAACAAGGUAACAUAAGAGGCUCUGGUCAUCAAUUCGGGCUGAAAGAGCAACGUAUCAUGUUUAGAAACUCGCCGUCUGUGUACUCCACUGAUAAUGAAGCCCAAAGCCCAAAUCAGAAGAAUAUGCCUGAACUGCCCAAAAAAUCAUUCUCCCAGUCGAAGAAACUGAAGCAAGGAGAGGACAAUAUCUUAAAGGAAGAUUGGGAAUCUAUCCCGAGUACGGAGGAUGAAGUCGUCGGCAUCAUCACAUUGGAGGAUGUCAUUGAGGAACUUUUACAGGAAGAAAUACUGGACGAGACAGAUGAGUACGUCGAUGUUUAUAACAAAAUUAGCAUCAGCAUGGGACCUUCGAGACUGUCAUUAUCUAGAUCGCCCGGAGCAGCAUCAGCAUCUCAGAUAAACUGGCGGACGCCAGUCAUGUCUCCAGUUUCCUCGUAUCACCCUACGCCAGUUUCCUCAUGCAAUCAUACUCCUAUUUUGCGUUCGCCAAUCACUGCGUGGAGUCAGUCACCAUUCAUAAGGCCAACAUUGUGCAAUUCCCCUGGAGAUUCCAGGCCAAUAACUCCAUCAAGACAUUCAGGCCUCUUUCCCACUUCACCAUCCCCAGGUUCAAAAAAAUAUGAGAAACUAAAAAAAUCGAGUGUUCCAUGAGUUGAUUGCCAAAGACACCCUGUAUUAUUACUGAUUCACGGAAAGGAAGGAACACAGCAUGUGAAGCAAAGAAGCGACGCUCCGAUUUUCCUUGUAUGCAGAAAGUAACUCAUAGGACACUGUAUUGAAAUUUAAUGAGGGACUUUCUUUCCCCAAUACUCUAUUUUGCUAGCAUUUCAUGGAUGGGGUAAUCCUGAACAUUCGGAACCAGUUGACAUUGCUGUACGGAAUUCUACGAGACAAUUUGAACACGGUUAAAGCUGAUUGACUAAACUAUGCAGUCUUUAAUUUCGCUUUUUGCAUGAA